GAAAGAGCUUGAAAAGAUUAAUACAAAUACUGCAUGCAUGUGGUGUAAUUUAUUUUGACGGUCAAUGAUCACAGCCCAAAGUAAAGUGUGCAACUUUAAGGCCGAUUGUAGAUAGAAAACAGGAAACGCGAGCGAUUUGUUAACUCAUAUGCUACGAGAAACGUGCGACUGAACAACGAAAGCUUCAUCUAAAAUAAUAUAUUGAAGUAAUGCGCAAGAAAUGAUCAAGUAAUUUUCGCACAAAGGUGCCGAAUAUAGUCCGCAUUCAACCGUAGUGCAGCGAAACACAGCCAAUAUAUAUAUAACAGGCUUUAUACACUGCAUUUGGAUACAGCAUGGUUGAAAAAAGAAAGCUUGGCCACGCUCUUGCAAAUACAGUCUUAUUAUAUUGUCCUCAUCAUGCAAUAUAACGUGAAUAAGAGUCAAAGAUUAAGAACACGUGCUACCUGCACUCCCCUGCAUGUCUAUUUUGAAGACAUAACAAAGUAGCUACCAGUCCCACAUAAAUUAUGAAUGUUUAUGAAUUGUAGUCAUAAUAUUGUCUAUGUAAGUAUCUUUAAACUUUCGAAAUCCUCAGAAACGAGAAACUUGCUGUCCUUGGCCUUGCAAAAAUGGCAAGAUUUCGAUGUCAAAAUAUUUUUACUAUUAUACUGGCUGCGUGGCAUCUCAUCUCAUUUAUCAUCAUCUGGUACUUAAUCCAGGAAAAUGUUAUACUAAAGCAAAGUAUUAUUGACCAAGCAAAAACAUUUGAUAAGAGAGGCAUCGUGGCAAGGACUAUUUCCGCCAAAUCUCAUUUGGAAACGACGGAGAAAGGAACGACGCUUAUAAACGCAAUUUCGACCAAAUUCAGAACGACAACAAACGCAAAACUUAAUGAACCUAAUAAAGGUAGCAAAACUUAUCCUAUUAGGCUAAUAACUAGAAGAAAAAAAGAACAAACAUCGCCGCCCAGAAGAAAAAAAGAACAAACAUCACCGGCACAUAUACAAAAACAAAAAUUCACCAUUUCGAUGCUAACUGUACUUGUUUUUAAAUCCACUAUCCAAGAUUUCAAAGGCGAUUUGAAUAAAACAGUGGAAAAUAUACAACGUUUAUAUCCGACAGUACAGAUUUUGAACAACAACGAGUCAAUAAACAGCAUGAUUUCACGUGUGAAAACGCAAUACUUUCUUCUCGUGGAAGACGGUGUAUCUCUUUCGAGCGGUGUUAAUGAAAGUAUUGAAAUGUUAUGGAAUGCAUUACAGCAGUUUCCAGAGAUUGAUUUCAUCGGCGGUUCUUACUUAGCAGGCGAGAAGCUCCACGUUGCUUGCUAUCAUUAUCGUCUUUGUCGAUGGAUGUUUUCAGAAAGUUACGAGUACAAGCGAUCCCUUGGCAACGUUAUGAUAUGCGAUGGUACAUCAUUUUCGUUUAUGGGUAGGCGUGAAAGCGUGAAGAAAAUGAAUGGAUUUGAUUCACAGUUGCCUAAUACGCUGGUUAUCAAAGAUUUCUUCCUCCGAGCAAAACAAAAUAAGAAUGCUGUCGUAGGCACUAUAGCCAAUGUAAUGUUUUUGGUGGAUAAUUAUUCAAAUUCGUAUAGGCUAUGGCAGUCGAAAGGUAAAACGAGAGAACUUGUUCCGUUUGCGGUUAAACAUAAGAUUUUUAUAUUUAAAGACAGUGAAGGCACAAGCAUUGAUCUGUGUAGUGAAGCAAGUCCUUUACGUGGAAAAGACUUAUGUGAUGAAAAAAAAGCACAUGAUAUUAUGCUGAAUGGAGGACACUGGGCUUACAAAGGGGUAUUUGCAUACCCAUAUAUAUUAAAGUACUUAGAAAUAACGAUGAGUGAAGUAACCAAGUUUUUUGAAGAACAAAACGUGAGUUACAUUGUCAUUGGAGGAGUAUCCUUAGGUGCAGUUAAAAUGCGCUCUAUUCUACCAUGGGAAGCUGGGGAUAUUGAUGUCCGCGUGUAUGGAAUGAGCUUAGUUCAGUUAUUAAAGCUAAUGGAACCGUGGGCUAAGAAGAACGAUUACUUAAUCGAAACACAUAUGAGCACCGCUGUCCACAUCUACUGCACACCGCGUGAGGUUGGUCGUGUAUCAGGGGGAUUGGCAACAAUAUACCCUUAUAAACACAAAACAUCUCCAGAUUAUAUAAGAAUUAGGACAAACGGUAUUUGGGUACGUUAUGACAGACAUGUUUUCAAACAAUUCCUCGAGUAUUAUGGUGAAGACUUUCUUCAACAUAAAGUCUACAGGCGCAACGAGAUAAUAAGUUGUAAAAUUAAAGAGCACAAUGCAUGUUUACCGAACUUCACGUCACUUUAUCAAGGCAGGGUGGGUACACUUAGCAAAUUCUAUUGUCAAAAUUGAAAUGUCAAUUGAAUAAAAGUAGAAUAUAUUUAAAAAUAGAAUAUGUGGAUAGCAAAAGUACCAGCAAGGAAAAGUUUGUUAACCAGGAUUUGCCCUCCUGUGUGUGCGUUUUUUCAUAUUCAACAAUGGU